GUGGGGCGGGCUGUAGAGGCCGCGAGUCGCGGCGAUCUUCUCGCUUUGGUGUAUACUACAGCGCAGUCACCAUGUCCCUGGCGGCUUCGGCGGGCCGGGGCCCGGGAACCGUGUGGUCCCCAACACACGUGCAGGUGACGGUGCUGCAGGCGCGGGGUCUGAGGGCCAAGGGCCCUGGCGGCACAAGCGAUGCGUACGCCGUGAUCCAGGUGGGCAAGGAGAAGUACGCCACCUCGGUGUCGGAGCGCAGCCUGGGUGCGCCGGUGUGGCGGGAGGAGGCCACCUUCGAACUGCCGCCGCUGCUGUCCGCCGGGGCUGCUCCCGCUGCCGCCGUCACCCUGCAACUGACCGUGCUGCACCGCGCGCUGCUCGGCCUCGACAAGUUCCUGGGCCGCGCGGAGGUGGACCUGCGGGACCUGCAUCAAAACCAGGGUCGCCGGAAGACGCAGUGGUACACCUUGAAAUCCAAGCCAGGAAAGAAGGAGAAAGAGCGAGGAGAAAUUGAGGUUGACAUCCAGUUUAUGCGAAACAACAUGACCGCCAGCAUGUUCGACCUUUCCAUGAAAGACAAGUCCCGGAGUCCGUUUGGGAAACUGAAGGACAAGAUGAAGGGGAAGAACAAGGACAGCGCCUCAGACACCGCCUCAGCCAUCGUCCCCAGCACAUCACCUUCGGUCGACAGUGAUGAUGAGUCACCUUUGAAAGACAAGAAAAAGAAGUCAAAGCUUAAGACCUUGUUUUCCAAGUCUAACUUGCAGAAAACGCCGCUCUCCCAGUCCAUGUCCGUCCUGCCUACGUCAAAGUCAGACAAAGUGCUGCUGCGUCCUGGAGACUUCCAGUCCCGCUGGGAGGACAACGACGAGGAUGAGUCCUCCUCUGCCUCGGACGUCAUGUCUCACAAGAGAACAGUAAGUGCAGAUCCUAAGCAGCUGAACCAGAUCAACUUCAGCCUGCCCAAGAAGGAAGGGCUCUCCUUUCUGGGCGGCCUGCGGUCCAAGAACGACUCCCUUUCCCGCUCCAACGUCUGUAUCAAUGGGAACCACGUUUACGUGGAGCAGCCAGAAGGCAAGACCGAGACCAAGGACAGUGCCUCUUCUUCCUCCCCAUCCCCGCAGGGCUUCAGGAAGAAGCAUUUGUUCUCGUCCACAGAGAACCUGGCUCCCCGGGCUUGGAAGGAACCCGGGGAAGCGGGCGCGGGGUCUUCUGACAAGCGGCUCUCGGAGUCCUCCACAAAGACCUCUCCGAAAUCCAUGACCCUGCCGUCCUCCUGGCUUCCAGUCGGUGGGGACGUUCGGGAAAACUCAGCCCCGGCGAGAUCCGAGGCUGCGAAAGAAGCCAAAGAGAGCAAGAAGCAGGAGAACAAGAAGUCCUCCCUGCUUUCCCUGGUGACAGGAAAGAAGGACGGGGCGAAGGGCAGCGAGGGCGAGGGCCCCACUGCACCCCCGGGGAGGGAGAAGGAAGGCGUGCUUCGGGAGGAGGGGCCGGGGCCUGCGGAAGGCCUUGUGAAGGGGCCAGAGGAGGACGCAGCGGCCGUCGUCUCCGGGCGGGGAAAGUCCCUGAACCCCUUCGAAGAAGUGCAGCUCACAGAACCGGAAGCUGACCUAGGGCCCAAGCCCGAACCGACACCGCUUGUUACCUCUGCCAGGGCUCCCCAGACCAAAGCCGUGAAACCUCGACUGGAAGUGUCUCCAGAGGUUCAACCCACAGCCAGGCUUCCUUCUUCCCCUGACUUGCUUCCCUUUUUUCCUGCUCUCCCUUCCCGUUCUGGUCAGAUACCUGUCCCUUCCCAACUGGGGCUUGAGUCAGAGACACAGUCCUCAGAAUCUCCUUCUGUCUUUUCCGCUUUCUCACCUCCACUAGCAGCUCCCGUUUCCACAUCCACUCCUAUUAAAAGCUGGCCUUCCAUCGACCAGGGCCAGGCUGGUUCUGAGGAACCACCUCUGCUCCUCAAAGCGGAGUUGCGAAAGGAGAAUUUAACGCAAGUUCCAAAUACUGUUUCUCAUGCCCUGGGAUCACUUCCCAAACAGCCCCCUGUUCCCGUGUGUAAAGGGUCAGAAGAGUCUCCAGGGAGGAGGACCAGGGAGACAGACGUGGAGAAGAAUACGAGUGGUGAUGGUAUAGAGAAGCCUCCCCUGACGCAGCCUGAAAUGGGGCAACAAGAAGAACUGCUGAGAUUUCCCCCCCAAAAACAGCAAGACUAUAUCCCUUCACCUGAUGGGGCCUGGGAAGUAACAGCUGCCCUUUCAGUGAGAAGUGGCAGGAUGCAAAGCCCAGCCAGGAAGCCUCCGAUGCAGCUGAACACAGACCUGGAGAGUCCGCCUGGGUCUUCCGAGGAGAACAAAGUUAGGGGUGGUGGAGUGCCUUCCGCAGUCAAACCAGCAGUGCCUCCUCUUCAAAUGGGGGAGUCGGCCUCCUCGCUCGACUCCAUGAGUCGGGGACAUGAGGAGGUGGGGCAGAGUGUGGAUGAGGGCUGGAAAAAACCCAAGAAGCACGUGUCAUUUUCCGAGCAGCUCUUUACAGAAGAGGCGGUGGAGAAGUCCCCUGGACGGGUGGAGGAGGAUGGAAGUAGCACCCAGGAGCUGAGGUGUGAAGGGGCCGCCCCCUGCAGUGUGUCUGACGGAGAGCCCGCUGAGCCGCGCCAUGCAGAAGACUCCGAGGGGGAACUUGUGCCUGAACCCAGGCCGCUGGAUUCCGGUGUGCCAGGUGCCAUGGCCGAUCAUCUCCCCUUCCUCUCUAAUGAGAAGAGCGUCUCAGAAGGCCCAGUGUGUGACCCACGCCCAGGGAAAGACAUUCCACUCUUUAGGACUGAGGAAGACUAUACUCUUAUGGCUCAAAAUCAGAGCAAAGCCAGUGACCAUGAAGGUCUGUUAUCUGAUCCCAUGAGUGACCUUCAGUCUGCCUCAGAUGUUCAAUCCCCAGUCACGGCUGAUUUGGACUUAACCCUUCCUUCCAUCCCUGAAGUCACGUCAGACGAUGAGAGAGUAGAUGAGGUGGAAGAUGACAGAGAGACAGCGAAGGUGGUGACUUUGGAAGUGGGCGUUUCGUCUUCGAGCACCUGGCCUGCCCAUCCCGAGAAGGUGCCGAGUGGCGAGGCAGCCGGGUUGGCGGUGCCCACGGGCAGCCUGCAUGACCUCAGGUCGAAAGCAGCUGAAGCAUCUGUUAGGGCUUCUUCAGAGCAGAGUGCAGCUUCAGGAAUUCGUAAACCAUAUCUUGGCAGCAGCUCCGGCUCGGAUACACAGCUGCCAGGCCCUGGCAAUGGCGAGGAGGAAAAACUGAUGGGAAACGGGAGGCUAAGGCAGCCUCCUGACUCGGCCCUGGGUUCUGCUGUCUCCAGCCCCUCCUUUUCCGAGCCCUCUCCCGCCACACACUCUUGCCCCAGCUAUCCGCACUCUGACACUCACCACACCAGUGCAGCAGAAUCUCAAAUAAAAGCAACAGCAGAGGGCCUCCCUGGUAAAGUGGAAAAUUCUGGCAAGAGGAAGCCGCUUCUUCAGGCCUGGGUCUCACCCUCGGAGACACAUCCAGUCUCAGCUGGAACUGGGUCAGCCAAGCACAGACUUCAUCCUGUGAAGCCAAUGAACACGACAGCCACCAAGACUUCUAACUCCAGCUUGGGAACUGCCACUAUCAUCAGUGAGAACUUGAUCAACGAAGCCAUAAUGAAGAAAUACACCCCCUCGGACCCUGCUUUUGCUUAUGCACAGCUAACCCACGAUGAGCUGAUCCAGUUGGUCCUCAAACAGAAGGAAACAAUAAGCAAGAAAGAGUUCCAGGUUCGUGAGCUGGAGGACUACAUCGACAACCUGCUAGUCAGGGUCAUGGAAGAGACCCCCAACAUCCUCCGAGUUCCGGCUCAGGUCGGCAAGAAGGCAGGAAAGAUGUGAAAGGCCGGCGAACGAACGACACUGAGACUUUUCUGUGCGUUUGUUUCCACCUCCUCCCGAGGUCAAGGACUCUGUGUGCCUGAUAACUAGCACACAGGCUCCAAGUCCCCAUCUCCCUUGUGUGUCAUCUGGCAAGAGUCAGUCCUACUGCCAGGAGCCCAGUUAAUUAUUACAAUGAAUCUCUUACUGUACAUUCCCAGGGUGUUAUUUUUAAAUGCCACUGUGCCUUAUGUUGUAAAUACUUCAUGUCCGGACCAAAGACAUGGUCAUAAGAUCUGAUCCUGGCCCAGAGAUUCACGUGGUGCCAGGGGUAUCAAUAGAUUUUCUACAUUGGGGUUUCCUUUCUUUGAUGUUGAGAUUCUAAAAUACGUAUCCCCCAUCACUAAUGCUUGGGGUGAAAUGAGAAGGUGCUGUGUUACACAUCCUUUCUUGGCUGUUGAGUAGCUCAGGUGUGGCUUUUUGGCUGCAGAUGCUAAAUUUUGAUACCACGUCAACCUCACAGGCUUCUUAGACUUGGUCUUGAUUGGACUGGAGCAGGGAAAGCCUUUGAGCAUGCCUUGUAGAUUUAGAACAAGGUGCCUUUUCUAAACAUCAGCUUCCACUACUUUCUAGCCUUACAGUGUGCUCUGUAUAGGGCCUCAGGCCCUGGAGAAGUGUAAGAGAACGAGGGGAAUGAGAGUCACUUUGCACUCAGUUUGGGGGGUUUUGGUCCAAGUCCUUGCAUGACAGCAGGGCCCCCGCUGGCUAGCAUGGCCUGGUCAGUGCCUUGGUGAGAGAUUGGGCGCCCCACGUGCUUACUGAAAUGGCUGCACCGGGUACGGAACGAUUUUAGUGGGGUUCCUGUGACCUCUGCCCCUGUGCCUCAGCUCCCCGGUUUCCUGGGCGCCUCUUCCUGGCAUUUCUCUCCCUUGUUAUGAGAUUGUAAAGAGCAAGAAGAUGAUACUUAUUUUGGGAUUGAUGCAUUUUAAAAACUAGAUUGACACACACAUUUUUAAAAAUUAGGACACUUGUCCUCUUCUUAAUGUGCCAGCUCAGGUUCCUCAGAUAGUUUCAUUGUUAGUAACCUAAUACUGGAAUUAGAAGGGUUCUGUAUUACUCCUUUUUUUUCUCCUGGCUGUGACAGACUCUCAUCAGAUCUCCACCUCUCCCCCUGGGGGAGGACUAUCGCCAGCCCACGGGGUGGACCGGGGUGGGCUGGGGUGGGCCAGGGUGGCAGGACUAGCAAGUGUUAAACUGGGAGCCUCUUCUUUGUGUGUUCUUGUUAUAUUGAGGUUAAGAGGCAAGACUGUUGGCAGUAGAAUUUCUUUUCAAAAUCAUGUUUGCUUCAACCUUAGUGAUAUUGGAGCACUUUAAUCUGAAGGAUGAUACUGUAACUUGAUUUAUCUAAUUAGCUUUUAAUUAUCUAUAACUAUUUUAUUUAAUUCAUUCCUACAGUACUGGGGACCAUUGUAAACUUCUCAGAUGACUUGUAUUUUUGUAGUGCUAUGAAACUUAUUUACAUGCCUACAAAGAGAAUUGUAUAUUCACUUGAAUUCUGAAAAUGUACAUGUAUAUAUUUGUUCUGCAACAUGUUUUUUACUUGACAUAAAUGUAUUUUGACUGUGAUAACCCAAGUGCACUGGGGGGCAGGCGUGCUCUGAAUGGUUUCUCCCUUGAAGAGCUGGCGCGGAGAUCCGCGCUGUUCAGCGGGGCUGCUGGGUUUGGAGGUUGCUGCUAGGACCUUGGGUGUGUACCUUGGGCGCUGUGUAAGAGGGACGUCUGGGCGGAGGAGCGAAUUCCUGUGCUCUGAAACGCCACUUGGGAACUCUGGAGAAUGAAGGACAAUUUACUUCAAGGGUGUCUGGUUUCUACCACUGCUGGGGGAAAACAGUUCAACUUACAGUAUUCCUGUAUCUCUCAAAGUGGCUAGCCUGAAGGUCAUUAGUUAAUAACCGUCCCUGAGGACUCUGCUUUGGGGAGGAAUUUAUCUAAGGAAAGCUUUAGCCUGCUCUGAGCCAUUAGCAGGGCUUGUUGAGCGGGAGCACGGGGACUCCUGUGCCUGGAGACCCGUGCCCGACCUGUAGGAGAACUGGGACUCGAGUGCUAACGUCCCAGCUGCUGUGAAUGCUAAUCCAAUGGAUGGGUCCUGGGCGGAGGCUGUGCUCCGGAGAAGCAGGGGCGGCUCUCUUCUCGGCCUUGCCGAGCUGCCUCCAGAAGGAACAGUCAGUACUUUCGGGAAGCAUCAGAUUAAACGCCAAACACUUGGCAGUGAAUUUCAACUGGAGGUCGGCUCCAUGAAAAAAAUGUCAACUCUUUGCUUGGUUGUUUCAUGUCAUCUCAUUCCUUGGACUUUGACAGGUGUCCUGUCCUUCCCUUUUAUUCCUCUGGGUUAACCUUAUCAGGGCAGCAGAAUGGCGAAGGAGAAAGUCUGCCCUUGGCCACGUGGAGCAGCUGUUGACCCGAGAGGUGUGUGCCUGCAUGCACGUACCAAUGGGUGCGUGCGUGUGGUCCCAGCUCCACUGACAGGGGGACCCCAGAAGGGCACCGAGGGAGGAAGGUCUGUGACACUCAGACAUAUGCUGUGCUAAGGGCCAGAGGCAACUGAGUGUUACGUUAUGCAGGAUCUUUCCUUACUGGGUCCCUUCUCCCAGCUGACUCUUCUCUCUUUUUUAGAACUACUAAUAAUCCCUCGGGGCUGAAAGAUUAAUUGUCUUAGGUGGAGAAUGAAAUCUCCCAGUGUCCAGACCAACCUCAACUCUGUGGUUUCUCAGUGUCUGUUAUGUGAGCUACUAACUUGACUUCUCUCUCCCUCCGACUCUCGAAGGAUCGCCCAGUGUUUUUGGAUUAUAGAGUUUUUUCCUGCUUUGUUACUUUGGGAAUUUUGAAUAUCUCUGAUUUUGUUCUUAAGAAGUAACCGAAAAUUUCCUAUGACACUAAAUAAAAUGGUACUACCUUUUAAA